UGUUUGAAUACAUUUUGGUUUGGAUUUAAGACAUGUAUUACAGUAUAGAUGUGUAUAAUUAAAUUAAUGCUGAGUCGGGAAAAGUGAUGAUAUUAUGAAUGGAUAGAUGCUAUUCAAGAAGCGAUACAAUGGUUCCGAAGCCAAAGGUCUCGUGUAUCAGUACAUCACUGGACACUGAAUUGGCCGAAGCCCUUAAGACUAAUGAUUACACCGAUUGUAUCCGCAAAUUGGAUCAAUACUAUGGACAGGUGAAGCGCCAACUCCUGCGAUAUCAGAGUCCGACCACCGGUUUAUUUCCGAGGGUUUCGUGCGAUACAAAUGAGGCCCACAUUAGGGACUCGUUAUAUAUCUGUUGCGCGAUUUGGGCUCUCUUUCAGGCCUACACUAAGCGUAUAGACGAUGAUAGGGACAUGUAUUACAGUAUAGAUGUAUGUUAUUCAAGAAGCGAUACAAUGGUUCCGAAGCCAAAGGUCUCGUGUAUCAGUACAUCACUGGACACUGAAUUGGCCGAAGCCCUUAAAACUAAUGAUUACACCGAUUGUAUCCGCAAAUUGGAUCAAUACUAUGGCCAGGUGAAGCGCCAACUCCUCCGAUAUCAGAGUCCGACCACCGGUUUGUUUCCGAGGGUUUCGUGCGAUACAAAUGAGGCCCACAUUAGGGACUCGUUAUAUAUCUGUUGCGCGAUUUGGGCUCUCUUUCAGGCCUACACUAAGCGUAUAGACGAUGAUAGGGGUAAAGGGCAUGAGUUGGGUCAGAGCACUGUUAAGUGUAUGCGAGGCAUACUUUUCGUUUGGAUGAGACAAUCCAAAGACAAAGUGGAACCGUUUAAGACCAACCAAAGCCCUAAACACGCCCUCCACUCCAAAGUCAACCUAAACACUGGUCUUUCACUGAAGGACGAGACUUACGGUCACUUACAGAUAGAUGUGGUCAGCCUUUACCUCCUAUUUCUGGUCCAAAUGAUAACGUCUGGACUGCAGAUAAUCUAUACCAUGGAUGAGGUCCAGUUCGUACAGAAUCUGGUCUAUUAUGUGGAGAGAGCCUAUCGGACGCCAGACUUUGGUAUGUGGGAGAGAGGGAGCAAAUACAAUACCGGCACUCCUGAGAUCAACGCCUCGUCCAUCGGAAUGGCUAAGUCUGCUCUCGAGGCUAUCAAUGGAUGCAAUCUGUUUGGCGAAAAGGGCGCGUCUUGGAGUGUCAUCUAUGUUGACAUCGAUGCUCACAGUCGUAACCGAAGUAUUUUCGAAACACUUCUUCCUCGAGAGUCCAGUUCUAAGAACACAGACUCAAGUUUAUUGCCAACAAUUAGUUGGCCCUCAUUUGCCACUCACGACACACUCCUUUACGCGAACACUAAGGAUAAGAUAAUUAAACGAUUGAAGACUCCGUACGGCUUCAAGAGGUUCAUCAGAGAUGGUUACGGAACUGUUCUCGAGAGUCGCGGCAAUUAUAGAAACGAAGAAACCAAACAUUUCGAGAACAUAGAGUGUGUUUGGCCUCUGUUUUGCUGUUUCCUCGUCAUCGACGGUGUCUUCAAGAAUCUUGAAUCUCAAACCAAAUACUAUAAGGACUUACUCUUCAAUCAACUAUUGAGAAGAGAUCCCAUAACUGGCGACUACUUAAUACCCAAAUACUAUUACGGACGCAACUAUAACUCGCUAUAG